AUGGCUGCUAUUAGCAAUGGAAAUGCCAACGGGGGAACAAAUGGAUACGGUGCAGGUGUCUCCCCAGGUCAUCAAAUGGUCAGCAUGCGCUUCUCCGACAUACCUUCCGCCAUCGACAUUCCAGUUCAAGGCGAAGGUGACGACGAAGCUGUAGAGGUUGAUCUUGAGGAUCUUUUGGACGAUCCUACCGAAUUAUGUACACUGCUGGAGAAUGAGGGCGCGGCGCGGACAUAUUGGAUGACAGUCUCCCUUGCGUAUGCGAAGCAGAAGAAGGUCGACCAUGCUAUCGAAAUGCUCAUCAAGGGAGGACAGGCAAUGAAAGGUGGUCCAAAAGAGAGGCUUAGUAUGUUGACUUGUCUUUGCUGGAUGUAUCUGUGGAAAAGCAGAGAAGCACCUCGAGUUGCUCCAGAAGGCGCUCUGGUCUCGGAAGCAAAAACGAAAGAGUACUACCUGCAAAUCUCGACUUCGACACUGAACGAGGCGCUCCGAAUAAACCCAGCAUUCCCCCCUUUGUACCUCGCUCGUGGAGUUCUUCAACUAUUGAAGGCCUCCCUCCAACCGCCUUCGAAAUCUGCGAAUCCUGGCGCAAUUGAUCCAGAGAAAGGAGACAUUUUACGAGCCUCUUUGAAGUCCUUCGAAGAUGCGAUUCGAGUCUCUGCGGGCAGAAACAUGAUGGCGGUGUUGGGCAAAUCUAGAGCGCAGUACUCUCUGGGGAAAUAUGCAGACGCCUUGGAGGGUUAUCAGGAGGCUUUGCAUAAGAUGCCUGACCUGAUUGAUCCAGAUCCACGGAUAGGAAUCGGUUGUUGUUUCUGGCAGCUGGGGUUUAAGGAAGAUGCGAAAACAGCCUGGGAACGAGCUUUGGAGAUCAACCCUGACUCAAAGAUUGCAAACAUCCUUCUUGGUCUUUUUUAUCUCGAUGCGAGUUCACAUGUUCCCACAAAUGGGCCCGAAUUCAUUCGACUCUACAAAAAGGCAAUGACGGAAUACACACAAAAAGCUUUCAAGGCUGACAAGGACCUUCCGUUAACAUGUGCGACAUUUGCUGGCUACUUUUUGUCCCGAAAGUCCUUGACAAAUGUGGAUACUCUGGCGCAUAAGGCAAUUCAGUAUACAGACGUAAAUGCAAUUGCCAGUGAUGGUUGGUACUUGUUAGCUCGAAAAGAGCACUACAAAGACGACUACGAGCGAGCAACUGAUUAUUAUCGCCGAGCGGACGAAGCCAGAGGUGGUGCUGAGCGUGGUUUUCUACCUGCCAAGUUUGGUGCAGCGCAACUUGCAGUCCUAAAGAGUGAUUUUGGAGAAGCAAAGUUGAGACUUGAGAAAAUCAUUCAGCAGUCUAAGAAUGUCGAAGCUAUGAUUCUCUUAGGUACUCUCUACGCCGAAGAGGUGUUUACAACUCAGCAGAGUGGCGUCAAGGAGGAUAAGUCGACAGAAUUCAAGAAGGCUGUCGGUUAUCUUGAAAAUGUUCGGACGGCCUGGAAGGAUCCUAAGAAGAACCUCAUUCCAGAUGUUUCCGUGUUGCUCAAUCUUGCACGACUCUACGAGACCGACCAGCCCGAAAAGAGCCUGCAAUGUCUCCAACAAGUGGAGCAACUUGAGUUUGAUCAAAUUCCCGAUGAUCAGAAACCAGAAGAUCCUGAGGAGGAAGCUGCUUUCAAAACAUCUAUUCGAACAAGCCUUCCACCCCAACUGUUAAAUAACAUGGGGUGUUUCUACUACCAAGCUGAGAAGUAUGACCUGGCCCGAGAAAUGUUCCAGGUUGCCUUGAAUGCCUGCGUCAAGAUCAAAGACAAGCAGGAUGACUCUGACGGUGACGCGCUUGUCACUACCAUCAGCUAUAAUCUUGGGCGAACUUAUGAGGCCAGUGGCUUACUCGACGAAGCCAGCACGGUAUAUAAUGGGCUUCUCGACCGCCACAACGACUACACAGAUGCAAGAACGAGACAGGCUUAUAUUGCCUUACGCCAGAAUCCAACAGAAGACGGACCCAAGGCCAUUUCCAAGCUUUACCAAGAUUCAUCUGCUGAUCUCGAAGUACGCGCCUUGUACGGUUGGUAUCUGGGACGAAUCCAUUCUCGAAGGGGCCGCGGCAAUAUUGCGGAAGAUCCAGAGUUACGCCAUUACAAACACACUCUUCAAAACUAUGAGAAGCAUGACCGAUAUGCUUUGAUUGGAAUGGGAAAUUUGUAUCUCAUGACGGCUCGUGAGAUGCAUCGAGAGACCGAUCAAGAAAAACAGAAGCGCAGUGCCAUGUAUGUCAAGGCGGUUGAAUUCUUUGAUAAAGCUUUACAGCUUGACCCAAAGAACGCAUACGCAGCUCAAGGCAUUGCUAUUGCUCUUGUUGAGGACAAGAAGGACUUCAAGACCGCUCUGUCGAUAUUCGUCAAAGUUCGGGACACAGUUAAAGAUCCAAGUGUAUUCGUCAAUCUAGGGCACAUAUUCGCCGAGUUGCGGCAGUUUAGCAAAGCCAUUGAGCACUAUGAGGCGGCGUUGUCAAAGGACCGGUCUCACGAUGCUCAGAUCUUGGCUUGCUUGGGGCGGACAUGGUUGGCCAAGGGAAAGACAGAGAAGAGUUUAUCGGCAUUCAAGAGUGCUCUUGACUACUCUCAGAAGGCCCUCCAAAUUGCACCCGAGCAAGUUCACUUCAAAUUUAACGUCGCUUUCGUACAGAUCCAGCUAGCUACCACUGUCUACAAUAUGCCCGAAGUUCAGCGUACACUCACCGAGGUACAAGCUGCCGCUGCGGGUCUUGAGGAAGCCAUAGAGUCUCUAGAAGCCAUUGCUCAACACCCCCAGACACCCUAUCCUAAGCAUGACAUCGAGCAACGUGCGAACAUGGCUCGAAAUACAAUGCGUCGGCAAUUAGAGCGUUCAAUUCAGGCCCAGAGGGAGUAUGAAGAGAAAAAUGCCGAGAAGCUGCAGCUGGCCAAGCAGAAACGAGAGGAAGAGCUCAGGAAGCGAGAAGAGAUCAAAAAAGCUGCAGAAGAUGCCGAGCAUGAGAGGAAGAAGAAGAUUGCUGAAGAGCGACAGAAGAUCAUAGAGAGAGAUCGUGAGCUUGCGGAGGCUAGAGCUGAAGAGGAGAAGCAAAGGGAGCAAGCUGAGAUGACCACGGAUAGUGAGACUGGGGACAAGGUGUCCAAGAAGUCCAAAUCCAAGAAGCGUGGUGCCGGAGGCAAGCGAAGAAAGAAGAACGAAGAUGGCAUCUCUGAUGAUGAAGAUAGAGGGAGUGAGGAGGAGAAGCCCAAGAAGAAGAGAAAGCUUCAAAAGAAGACUCCUCCAGAGAAGCCAAGCAAGUACAAGAGUAGCGAGAUCGUCGUGGACAGUGACGACGACGACGGUGCUGCAGAAGCCGCUAGGGAGAUGCAGGACGAUGUCGCUGAAGGCGAAGAUGCUAUGGAUGUUGAUGAGGAAGCUGCACCUGCGCCUGUCCGGAAGAAUCGACGAGUAAUCGACUCGGACGAGGAGGAUGAAGCUGAGGACGAAGCUCCUCCUCCGAAAGAAGAUUCCCCUGCUACCGCGAAUGGCGAUAGUGAAUGA